AUAUAAAUUUAUUCGUCGGUCCUCCAUCUUUUUCGGUUUCCUGUGGCUCGCCGUGUCCCCUUGCCCGAGAAGUCCAGUUCCGCCGCCCCACGUCAACCCGUUAAAAUGUCCAAACCCAGAGUCUUCUUCGACAUCACCAUCGAUGGUGCCCCGCAGGGCCGGAUCGUCAUGGAGCUCCGUGACGACGUGGUGCCGAAGACCGCUGAGAACUUCCGGGCCCUGUGCACCGGAGAGAAGGGCUUCGGCUACAAGAACAGCUCCUUCCACCGCAUCAUCCCCGAAUUCAUGUGCCAGGGAGGCGACUUCACCAACCACAACGGAACCGGAGGGAAGUCCAUCUACGGCAACAAGUUUGCAGAUGAGAACUUCAGCCUGACUCACACCGGCCCCGGCAUCCUGUCCAUGGCCAACGCCGGCCCCAACACCAACGGCUCCCAGUUCUUCAUCUGUACACAGAAGACCUCAUGGCUCGACGGGAAGCACGUGGUGUUCGGCAGCGUGGUGGACGGGCUGGACGUGGUGAGGAAGAUGGAGGACCGCGGCACCUCGUCAGGGAAACCCAAAAGCAAGAUCGUCAUCGCCAACUGCGGGCAGCUCUGAGCUACAGCGGGACCCAACCCCCCAGACCAUUUAGACCCCCUCAGCUCUUGUGUAGGCGCACCCUGUUAGGCUCCGCCUCUCCAUAAACAACAUUCCUAUAAAUGGAGAUUCAGCCGACCCCUCUUUGUAUCUGAAGUCAUGUUGCUGCAUUUGUGACUUCGCCUUCAAGUUUCUUUUGCAUUCACGUUUCUCCACGAAGCCCCAACGGUUUUUUUUUUUUUUUUUUUUUUGUUAAAUCUAAAAGUGGAUC